AUGUGUCAAGUUUCCUCUCGCCCCUGCCUGGGAUGGGCCCGUUUCUCCCCCCUCCAUCUCCCGCCCUCCGCCUCAAGUCUCCUCCCCCGCUGCCCUGGCCAGAGGCGAGCCCUGGUCAGUUUCGUUCCCAACUCCGCCCCCCCGCCGGGCCGGCCGGCCUCCUCCCUCGCUCCCUUCCCGGCUCCGCGCCCCCUCCCUCGGCUGCGUGCAUUUCAUACCAGCCUCAUUCCUCGCAUUCCUGACCUGCUCCUGCCACACGCCGCCUGGGGGGUGGGAGCGGCCCGGCCCCCUCCCGGUGCCUCCAGCGCCCCCCCUCCGCUCCGCUCGCCAGUAAGUCCCGGAGCUGAAGGCGGAAAAAGGGAAGCGGAUUUGAAGCCAGUUCCUCUACAUGUAGGGAACAAGCACCAAUCUCGACUCUCCAGAGGAACUGAGAAUUUCUGGGCCUCCUUCCACUCUGGUUCUGUGGCUGCUUCUCCAAGUGGCGCCUUGGAGUUUCUAGCUGGCACCAUUACCUCCAACGAGUGGAGUUCUCCCACCUCCCCUGAGGGGAGCAACGACUCGGGGGGCAGCGAGGCCUUGGACAAGCCCAUCGACAAUGAUGCCGAGGGCGUGUGGAGUCCGGACAUUGAGCAGAGCUUCCAGGAAGCGUUAGCCAUCUACCCGCCAUGCGGACGGCGGAAGAUCAUCCUGUCGGACGAAGGCAAGAUGUACGGCCGAAAUGAGCUGAUUGCCCGCUAUAUUAAACUGAGAACAGGGAAAACGCGCACAAGGAAACAGGUGUCUAGUCACAUCCAGGUGCUGGCGCGUCGGAAAGCCCGGGAGAUCCAAGCCAAGCUAAAGGAUCAGGCAGCUAAAGAUAAAGCCAUGCAGAGUAUGGCUACAAUGUCAUCUGCCCAGAUCAUCUCUGCAACCGCCUUCCACAGUAAAAUGGUAUUGCCUGGCCUCCCGCGACCAGCCUACCCUGCUGUGUCUGGGUUUUGGCAAGGAGCUUUGCCAGGCCAAGCUGGAUCCUCUCACGACGUGAAACCUUUUUCUCCACAAACCUAUGCUGUUCAACCUCCACUCCCGUUACCAGGGUUUGAGUCUCCUGCUGGCCUCUCACCUUCCCCGUCGGCUCCACCUUGGCAGGGGCGAAGGGUUGCCAGCUCCAAACUUUGGAUGUUAGAAUUCUCUGCAUUCUUGGAACAACAACAAGACCAAGACACGUAUAACAAGCACCUGUUUGUUCACAUUGGCCAGUCAAGCCCCAGCUACAGUGACCCCUACCUCGAGGCGGUAGACAUCCGGCAGAUCUAUGACAAGUUCCCUGAGAAGAAAGGAGGCCUGAAGGAGCUCUUUGAAAAGGGGCCACCCAAUGCCUUCUUCCUUGUCAAGUUCUGGGCUGAUUUGAACACCAACAUUGAAGAUGAAUCCAGAUCUUUCUAUGGUGUUUCCAGCCAAUACGAAAGCCCAGAAAACAUGAUCAUUACCUGCUCCACUAAAGUGUGCUCCUUCGGAAAGCAGGUGGUGGAGAAAGUGGAGACGGAGUAUGCUCACUAUGAAAAUGGACACUAUUCCUAUCGCAUUCACCGCUCCCCUCUAUGUGAAUACAUGAUUAAUUUCAUCCAUAAACUCAAACAUCUCCCAGAGAAAUACAUGAUGAACAGCGUGCUGGAGAACUUUACUAUUUUACAGGUUGUGACGAACAGGGACACUCAAGAGACCUUGCUGUGCAUAGCGUAUGUUUUUGAGGUGUCAGCUAGUGAACAUGGUGCCCAGCAUCACAUCUACCGGCUGGUGAAGGACUAG